UCCGACCAGAAAUAAAGCAGCCGAGAAUUCAUCAUCGGGAGGAAGAUGUCGCUGACGGAGCUAGACGACGGCACUAUCCGCAGUAUGGCCAUUGGAGCCGUUUUCGCAGACUUCGGUGGAAAAAUAAAUUCUAUUGAUUUUCAUCGUAAGGAUGAUAUACUAGUCACUGCUAGUGAGGAUGAUUCAGUGCGGCUCUAUGACAUUACAAAUGCUAAGUUGCUUAAGACCACAUAUCAUAAGAAACAUGGAGCUGAUCGAAUAUGCUUUACCCAUCAUCCGAGUUCUGUUAUAUGUUCUUCGAGAUAUAAUUUGGAUUCUAGUGGAGAAUCACUCAGGUAUCUUUCGAUGUAUGAUAAUCGGUGCCUUCGCUACUUUAAGGGGCACAGAGAUAGAAUACUAUCCCUCUGUAUGUCUCCGGUUAAUGAUAGCUUCAUGUCUGGUUCGUUGGACCACAGUGUCAGAAUAUGGGAUCUCCGUGUAAAUGCCUGCCAGGGAAUUUUACAUCUACGUGGGAGACCUACAGUUGCCUAUGACCAACAAGGCCUUGUGUUUGCCGUUGCAAUGGAAGGGGGUGCAAUUAAGUUGUUUGAUUCACGUUCCUAUGACAAGGGUCCCUUUGAUACCUUUCUCGUUGGUGGAGACACAGCCGAGGUUUGUGAUAUUAAAUUUAGCAAUGAUGGCAAAUCAAUGCUCUUGACAACCACAAACAACAACGUUUACAUUCUUGACGCUUAUGGAGGAGAGAAGCGUUGCGGAUACAGUUUGGAACCCUCUCCCAGUGCAAAUAUAGAGGCAACUUUUACUCCAGAUGGCCAGUAUGUGGUGUCAGGCUCAGGAGACGGAACUCUGCAUGCCUGGAGCGUCAACACGCGAAAUGAGGUGGCGAGCUGGACCAGUAGCAUAGGAAUAGCGUCGUGCCUGAAGUGGGCCCCUCGCAGAGUCAUGUUCGUGGCUGCAUCUACUGUUCUAACGUUUUGGAUACCCAACGACUCAAAUGCGGAACCUAGUCCUAUGGAAGCUGAAACUGGGGCUCAACCUCAACAUGAACAUCUUUCUUAGUAAACUGUAAUUUUUUUUUUAUUUUUUAUAUAAUUCAAGAGAGCAUAUUUGUUGUAGAAUUUUGGCCUUAAAUCUGUUAAUGAUAUUUUU